UCCCGGCGCGGAGGGGCGCGCUGUGCUGCGGCACCAGGCUCUGCGCUGCGUUCGUAUUUUUUUCAUUUAAACUCUUGCUUCACAAAUUGCGCGUGAUGAGCUCAUGAUGCCGCGCCCCCCCGCCCCGGGCCCGGGCAGGCAGGGGGACGUGAGGCGGGCGGGCGCGGCGAGCCGCUGAGGUUCCGCGCAGUGCUUAGCGCUCCCGCGGUGCCCCGGAGCCAGGAGGAGGGGGCGCUCUCCCCGGCUAACGCUGCUUACUGGACUCGGGUUGGGGGGGGGGGGCUUACCUCUUUUUUUAAAAAAAAUUUUGGUUUUGUUUUGUUGUUUUUUUUUUUUUUUUUUUUUUUUGCUCCCCCUCCCGCUGGGUGUCGGGCUGUUCGCCGCUCCGUGCGUAGGUGGAUCCAUGAGCUCCCCCGGGAGCGGCACCGCCGCCGCGCAGCGCCGUACCGGGGCGGGGGGAGCGGCCGCCAGCUUCGGCCCCGCCGCCGCCGCCGCGGGGGGCGGCCCCGCCCGGGCACGGGGUGGGCGGCCGUGAGGCGGGCGGGCGAAGUUUCUCCGCGGCGCCGGGCCCCUCCGAGGGACAGCGGGGAGGGAAGGACCUGGCCCUUAGCGCUGGGGUAGCUGCUGCCGCCGCUGCCACCAGAGCCGCCCGGCUUUGGCCAUGAAGAGGAAACAGAAGAGGUUUCUGCAAAUGACGCUGCUCUUCACCGCGGCUCUGAUUUUCCUGCCUGACAUCGGCCUCUGGUCUCUCUACAAGGAGAAGCACCUGGUGAAGCCCGCCGAGCCCGCCGAGCCGCAGACACUUCCAUUGGGGCUGGGAGACGGACAGCUCUUUACCUGGACUGAUGGCUUGAAAAGGAAGGACUGGCAUGAUUAUGAAAGCAUUCAGAAGGAUGCUAUGCGUUCAGGGAAAGGUGAACAUGGAAAGCCGUACCCUCUUACAGAGGAAGACCAUGAUGAUUCUGCUUAUAGGGAAAAUGGCUUCAACAUAUUCGUUAGCAACAAUAUAGCACUGGAGCGAUCCCUGCCAGACAUCCGACACCCUAACUGUAAACACAAGGUGUACUUGGAAAAGCUACCAAAUACUAGCAUAAUCAUCCCAUUUCAUAACGAAGGCUGGACUUCACUCUUGCGAACAAUACACAGCAUUAUCAACCGCACUCCAGACAGCCUGAUAGCAGAAAUCAUUCUGGUGGAUGACUUCAGUGACAGAGAACAUUUAAAAGAGAAGCUGGAGGAAUACAUGGUCCGUUUUGCCAAAGUGAGGAUUGUACGUACCAAGAAACGAGAAGGGCUCAUUCGGACCAGACUGCUAGGAGCCUCGCUGGCUAGAGGAGAAGUCUUGACAUUUCUGGAUUCCCAUUGCGAAGUCAACGUGAAUUGGCUGCCUCCCUUGCUUAACCAGAUUGCACUAAACCACAAAACCAUCGUGUGUCCUAUGAUCGAUGUCAUUGACCACAAUCACUUUGGCUACGAGGCACAGGCGGGGGAUGCCAUGCGAGGAGCUUUUGACUGGGAAAUGUACUACAAAAGAAUACCGAUUCCUCCAGAGCUCCAGAGAGCUGAUCCCAGCGACCCCUUUGAGUCUCCUGUAAUGGCUGGAGGUCUAUUUGCCGUUAACCGGAAAUGGUUUUGGGAGCUGGGAGGCUACGAUCCAGGAUUAGAAAUAUGGGGAGGAGAGCAGUAUGAAAUCUCCUUUAAGGUGUGGAUGUGCGGAGGUGGCAUGUUUGAUGUUCCAUGCUCUCGAGUUGGGCAUAUCUACAGGAAGUAUGUCCCAUAUAAAGUUCCUUCUGGAACCAGCCUAGCACGGAACCUGAAGCGCGUGGCGGAGACGUGGAUGGAUGAGUUUGCAGAGUACAUUUACCAGCGACGGCCUGAGUACAGACAUCUCUCAACUGGUGAUAUCUCUGCCCAGAAGGAACUUCGCAAGCACCUUAAAUGUAAAGAUUUCAAGUGGUUCAUGGCUGCAGUGGCUUGGGAUGUCCCCAAAUAUUACCCUCCUGUGGAGCCUCCACCUGCUGCCUGGGGGGAGAUUCGAAACGUUGCAGCCAACCUCUGUGUGGACAGUAAACACGGAGCCACGGGGACUGAGCUAAGGCUAGACAUCUGUGUGAAGGAUGGCUCGGAACGGACGUGGUCACACGAACAGCUCUUCACCUUUGGUUGGAGAGAAGACAUCCGCCCUGGGGAGCCACUUCACACCAGAAAGUUCUGCUUCGACGCCAUUUCGCACAGCAGCCCCGUCACGCUGUAUGACUGUCACGGGAUGAAGGGCAACCAGCACUGGAGCUAUAGGAAGGACAAAACUUUGUUCCAUCCGGUAAGCAGCAGCUGCAUAGAUUGCAACCCAGCCGAGAAGAAGAUUUUCAUGAACAGAUGUGAUCCUUUAUCUGAAACUCAGCAGUGGAUUUUUGAACAUAUUAAUAUGACUGUUUUAGAAAAAUUUAACAGCAAGGCCAGUUCCUAGAAAGACAGGGAAAAAAAAAAUGAACACACCCAAUUACAUACAGACUGCAGACUACAUUUUUGCCAGCAUCUGGGUCGAAGGAGUCAGGAAUUAAAUUUCCUAGAUCCAGGAAAUCUGUUCUGAGGAUUAAGAAAAUGCCACAGCAAGAGCCAGCAGGCUGCCCUUGUGGAUGUACAGUAUCUGAAGAACUUGGCCAAGAGCCUCACCGGAUGCUGCUGAGAACUUCAGGCUGAAAAUUCCCUUGCUGGUCGAGGGAAAAACUUUGUUUAAAAACUGUUUAAAAGUACUCCAAGUUAAUAAAGUAAAACAAAACUCUAGAGUUUCUCAGGUCAAAUCCUGCUGUAGUGAGUAGCUCAGAACAGAUGCUAUAGUUUGGGAUGGGUAUAUGGUGUGCAUGACAGCUACAGGAACCUGAAGAAAUCCCAGGUUUUAGAACUAAACAUGCUGGUAGAAGAAUAAUGAUGUCCCAGCACUCCCUAGACAAGAUAUAUGCUCUGUUGACAUUCUCUUAAUAAAAGGUUGGGUUAAGCAGGUUUAACCCUCAGUACUGCUGCAAUUAAUUUUAAAUACCUCCCUUUUACAUUCCAUUCAUUACCAAAAUAGGAAUGGUAGAAAUCUUAGGGUCUAGAAUUACACUGUAGUGAAGCAUGAAAUAAACGAUAAGGUUUUGCCCUCACAUGUUCCCCCUUCUGGAAAAAAAAAAGUAAAGCAAUCAAAUUUCUAUACAUGAUAUAUUUAGCAAUUGUGAUUCAAAUCCCAUUGUCACACAAGGUGAGAUACUUUUUUUUUAGUGACAAAUAUAACAGCAGCAGCCGCAGCAUAAUGGAAGGCUUGUGGACUAGCUAUCUUUGCUAGAGGUAGAAUCCUUACCAAAGUAUAAAUUAAAUUGAAAUUAGGCUCGAAAAAAAAAAUCAGGAGAGUAGGAAAUAAUUGCAUACUGCAUGCUGAACUAGGUUAGUCAAAUUAACGUUGGUAUGCUGCCAUCACCUAAAAGUGUGCUGACUCCCUGCAGUGCAGCUUAAAAGAUUUUUUAGUGCUCUUGAUGGAUAGGAGUGGAGAGAAAAAUUGACCUGAAACUAGCUGGGUGGUUUCAGAGUUUUUGAAAUCCAUGAUGGAAAUCACAUGAGCUUACCAGAGUUAGUAAGUGAAUGGUAGUGUAGAUCUCACAACGGAGGAAACAAGAAGUGCAAGUUAAACGUUACAAUAAUUUGGUGCUUUAGGCACAGGCACAAUUCAGAUUAAGACAGACUUCUGUCACGCUGAUGAUCAUUAUGGCCCGUGGUGUCCCUCCAACCUGUCAAGCUCUUGGCGUGAAAGGAUUCUAGAACUUGUUUGGGGGAGCUAUGGUUCUUCUCAGCAGAAAUCAGUUAAUACUGAUGUGUGGAACCUAAUUGAUAAGUCUGGGAGUUUUCAAGGUUAGAGCAAGUAUAAAUUUAUAUCAAGUAAGCAAGUACAUGGCCUGCUUUUACUUGAAAGGUGAAUUUACAGAUGAAAGCACUAUAAAUGCAGAUAGAUCACAUCCUCUAAGAGGUGGUUGUGACAGUGCUUUCAGGUUCCAAAAAUAUCAUAUGUAAUUAAGUUGCUUAUUCUGAUUGCUGGAGAGGUGGCUGACUAACCAAAAUACUGAUGUGCAAUCUACCCUGUUUCAGAGAGUAGGGUGACUGUGUUUUCUUUCUUGCUCCUGAAGCUGUGUUUAUGCACAAAGAACAUUGAUUGCAUCCAGAGGAUGGUUCUAGCACCAAUAACCAUAUGCUAUUUUAUGGUAGCACCUUGUAGUUGUAGAUUAAGGCCCAAAAUUAUAGGUCAUAGGAACUUUUUAGGAGGGGAGUGAGAUCCUGUAGCACUCAGGAUGCAUGCACUUGGAAAAUUGUGAAAUGCAUCCAUACGUUGAGCAAUUGCUGCAAGUUAGUGAAGAGAUCUUUCAAAUAAUCUGAAAGAAAUGUGUCUAUAGAGUUAGACUUCCUGUUUUAUGAUUUUAAAAUAAGUAAACUUGUUUAGGUAUUGUUUAAAUUUAAUUUGAAGAUAUGGUGCAGUCAGGAACAGAAGCAGUAAGGCUACUGUAUGAGGAUGCUUCAGAUUUAUUUAGCUAUCAGUACACAGAACCAGACUAGGCACUGCAGACUGUCAGCCUCCCCAGGUGCAGUGCUCGUAGCAUCAUUUAUUUGCAGCCUGAACAUGAGGGAAGAGGGUUUGGAAAAAGAAGAAAAUGGCUGCCUAAAAUGUAAAUGCAGCCCUCAAGCUGCUGAUUCUACCUGGCCCCAAACUGUCAAAGUCCUGGAAGCAACACCGUAUGCCCAAAAUAGAGGCAAAGGAGAAUUGCUAAACCAGCUAAGCACUUUAUGUUAUGCACAGAUUGGUAGGGUUAUAUCAUUCAGUGUCUGACUGCAUCUCGGUGCUCUGAUUUGGAUAUGCCUAAUGGGAACUAAGCUGCUGUUGGGGCAAAGAACUUCUGUGCCUUUUACAACCCUCAUCGAGUGAUAUUGCAGCCUGCACGGCCAAAGGAAACCUUCCCCUUACUCAUAGCUGGACACUAAUUGUAAGCUGUAGCAGUCCUUGUCAGAAAACAAUCCACAUAACUAAUAUUCAGAUGUUCUGGGGGAAAAAAAUAUCUACAUAAUGUGUUCAUGUUUUAUAGGCAAAAUAUAAGAAAAAUAUAUUGGAGUUUGUUGUGGGUCAACAGUGAGCAACUGUUGAUCAAUCUGGAAAUAUAAAGGUUAAAUGAAGAUCCAGAUCUUGAGGAAAGUUUAAUAAGAACUUCCCACAGUGCAGCAUAGAAUAUAUAUAUACGUAUGUCUAUGUGACCAGUAGAAAGAGGUAGAUAGAGGAGAGAGGUUUGUUUUCACUUCAGGGGCUGAUCUUUCAAAUAUUUUGUAUAACCAGAACUGCACAGAAAAAAAAUCAUAGGAUGUAUUAGACUAGUAGUGAAGACAGUUAUCUCACUGUUUUCAGCUUAAGCAAAUUACUCUUUUUUUUAAAAACUGAGACAAAAAAAAGUCUAGCAUGCAGCUUCACCACAGACAACUGUAAUCCUCCUACUAUGGGUAGAAGGUGGCCCUUGGGACAGAGCGCUUCAGAGCUGUGCUCCUGUAACGUUUGGGAUGAUGGAUUCGCAAAAUGGUUGUGACACGCUAAGCACAGGGCUCCUUCAACAGAAAGUUCUAUUAAUAAUAAAUGAUCAUCUCUACCUCUAAAUUAAAUUCUGUCUUGGGUGUUCUCCAAAGCUUUCCACUGAUAACAGUAUUUCAUGACUAAUUUAACAUUCAGAAUUUCUUUAAGUCUUCCUACAACCAUAUCUUUCCCACCCAACAGACAUCUGAACAACUUGAUAGGAUGGACAGAUAUAUCUUCUUGUCAUAUUUCACCAGGAGCAUUUAGCUUUAAUAUGCAUUUCUUCAAAAGACUAUGAAGUUUCUUCACAGAUUCUUUUUUUUUUUUUUUUUUAAAUACCAGAUAGUUCUGAACAUAUCUUGAAACUAGUGCACAGGUAGCAUUAACUGAUGUGGGCUGAUCAUUGUAGCGGAGCUAUACUAAUCUGCCCCAACUGAUGACUUGCUUCAGUUUGUUCAAUUAAUUAUUUUAUGGCUGAGAGGGCUUUAAUCAACAUGCCUGAAAAGAAGAUCUUGGUAACUUAAGAGUUCAUCAGCACUUACCCUCAACUUUUUCCAUUUAAGGUUAUAUCUGACUCUUUUUUUGUGGCCAGCAAACUACUGCCAUAGGAGAGAGCAGCAGGAAAACUGGAAUAAACACCAAGUGCAACUAAAAUGCUAAAAUCGUAUGUGUUUCCCUGCAUAUAUUCCGAUGUCUCCACUAAAGAGAAGCCUUGGGGGAGAGGGCUUAAAGGAGAGAGGAGGAGCUGGAAACAAAGCAGUUCAUGUGUCAGAGAGCAACCUUGUUGCAGAGGCAUGACAAGACUUCAUUUUUCAUUGGGCACGGUUUUUAUUUCAGAAAAAUGAGGUUGCUUUAGAACAAAUAUUUCUGCAACAGUAUGGAUAUUGUAGUGAUGUAAUGCAUACUUCCUGGGUGUUAUCAGUUUAUGAAUAAAUGGUCUGUAGCCGCUGAGCUAGGUCUUCCUCAUGAUAAAGAUAGACUAAGCUUGAAAGGAAGCUGACAAGCACUUAACAACCUUUGAUUACUGGCAAUUUACCAGGCAUCAAUGUCUCCAUGACCUCAGUGAAUUCGGAUGCCACAGAAAUCAUAGAAGAAAUGUAUAUAAAUAGCUUAACCAAAUUGAUUUGAUGGGGUGCACUUCUAUCAGAUGUCACCUUUGUUAAAAAAAAAAAAAGUUACCAUAAUCAGAAUUCAUUUGCAUUUUUACUGACAACUUCUGCCAGGGAGUGAGUGAGUGGGACCCUUUUAACCUACCCAGACAGAUUGAGGAUGGAGCAUUUUAGGAAGGCAGUAUUGGAAGGCUUUCAUCCAUUCUUUGUUUAAAGAGCAUCAAUCUUUAAUGCUGUUAGCCCAGCAUUUUUCAAGAGAACACAAGAUGCACAUUAAAAAAAGAAUAUGAUGAUGGGUUUAUUUUCUUUUUUAAUCCAUCAAGGUUGUUAGGGAAACAAUUUCAAAACCCUGGAAAAUGAAAAAAAAAGCUGAUCAGAAGUAGCUUUUUUUAUAGCUGGUAUAUAAUGUCCAUGAAUUAAUUUGUUAAACUCCCUUCAAAUCUGGUCCAUAUAUCCUCACAGAAAGAGCACAAGGGUCCAACAGUGCUUUUACGUAAUAUUUUGAGGAUCUUGCCCUGUCUAAAAGAAAGUUUUGAAAGACCUUUAAAAAAUUAUCAGGUAUAAAAGGUAACCAAAAAAAGGAAAAAUAGCUGGCUAUUAUGUCUAGUGUACUAAGAGAUUUUGCUCAACUUCUUGUUCUAAAAUAGUAUCCGUUGACUGGAAAAUUUUAGAUGAAUAAGUAAUAUAGUUUAGUAAAUCUUUAGUCUGUAGUGCUGUCUAUUUAAGAUUUUUACUCUUAAAAAAAAUCAAAUUCAUAUAGUUAGUUGCUGACAGGGUUUUUUUAACUACAUGUAAUAGAUAGAUCUGUCCUGAGGUCUCCCAUAACCUCGUAUUUCCUUGUUAUAAUUCUGAAUGCAUUGGACAGAAGAAAAAUCUAAGCGGGGGGGGGGGGGGGAACAACCCAAACCUCUAAAAACUAUCUAAGAAACCUGUGCAAAAACAAACAAUGAGAAAGUUUAGGUAGACAUGAUCCGAAAAAUGCAUCACAUUUCCAAAGCUUCAGCAGCACUCUUAAAAUACAUUUGCUCUGUAUGGUGGCUUUAUAUUCUUUCAGUGCACCAUUAAUAUCAGUGGUACUACUCCUGAGGCAGGACUUCUGAAAAUGAUGCGCUAUCAUUUGGCACAGUAGAUGGGCAGCAUAGUGCUAGAGAAAAAAAAAUCACUUUCUAGGAAGAGUUCCUGAAAAAAAUGCAUUCAAACAUUGCAGUCUGGUAUGCCUUAAGAGUCUUAGCUAUUUAUAAGGUUCCCAUUAUCUUAGGUUUUUUAUCUUUUUUUACAGGACCUCAUAGUGUGGUAGGUGCUUCAAUGGCCCUUAUGAAAACAAGGCAGACAACAGGGGAACAAAGAGGACGUGGGUUAAAACAAUAAGAAUUUGUGGUUACCUAAAGGCGUUAUGCGUGUGAGCAGGUUAAUUAUACAGAAAGAGAAAUCUCCUCCUUUGGUGUGGGCACUGUGGUAGAUGCCGAGCUCCGGGGAAUAUUUGAAUGAGAAGGAGCCAUGUAAAGUGGGUCAGCAGGAAAGCCUGUACACAGCAGAAGAUGCAGAAAAAGUCACGAUGACCCAUUUUUUGAGAAGCAGGUGAACAGGGCGUUGAGAUAGAUACGACAGACAGUGCAAGGGAUGUGAGGGAAGCUGCAAUGAGGAAGUCGGGUAAGUGGUACUAUCUAAAAGACAUUAAGACAUAGGAAAGGAAAACUUGGUCCUCAUUAACCUUAGCCCUCAUUAACCUUGGCAGUAUCCCUAAUGCUUUGUCAAAGUAUUAGUUGAUUUAAUUAUGUUAAUCCUUCAUCUCUCCCAGUUAAAUGACUCAAGCUGGAAGGAGUUACAGCCCAAGCAAAUUUCUGUUGAUCGGCUUGGAGCAUCUAAUUGGCACAAAACACCGCUAGGCACAGUUUAGUCAAAACCCCCGACUGGCACCAGAACUAAAACAAUAUUAUCAGCCUGAAAGAUCUGUAGGCCCCUCACACCCCUCUGUGAAAAAAGAUUUCACUUGCCUGAAGGAGUGAUUGAUGGUAAUGAUCCUAGAUUAAGAAGAUCAGGAGUCAUGAGCUUGCCCGGAGGUGAAAGGCCAAACGGUGAGAUUAGGAGAUGGCAGUUUAAUUGAGAAAGGAAGGAGGAAAUAGGUGGUAAAAGGGAAGAAGCAUCGGGUUUAUUUCUGGAUAUGAAGGAAGCAUGACCUACAAAGGUCAGCCACUGAUAAUUUUGGAUACUUCUUCAUACCAGGGUUUGCAUGUUUAUUUCCAUCACAAAUACUGAGGAACUGAGAGGCAAUUGGUUCCACCCCCUCCUGCAAAGGACUUCAAUUUAGAAUAAGGAGAACUGCAUAAUCCGCAAUGUAUUGAUCGUGAAAUACAUGAGCACAACUAGAGCAAAGCUUUGCUGGCCACCAAGCCAGCGCUGAGUUUUUCACCAAAGGUACGUAUACGCGCUCCUGAGGAUACUUUGUGGAUAGUGUGUAGAAGCAGAACGUUAUGAUCGCUGUUUUACCUCAGAUUAAUAUUUCUCUGCAUCUCAGGUUUUUGUGAAAGAGGAAAAGUGUUUAGCUAAAUUUUCGAGGAAGCGUCAACCCAGAUCAGUACAAAGUAGCCCUGCCUACUCCCUAUGUGGAUCAAGACAACAUGUGUUUCUCUUAAGACAUCACAUACAGCUCUUAAAAAAAAAAGAACAGUGUGGCUCUGCCUUCAUGACUCUUGCAGCGUUCAACUCUUUUUAUCCAUUUCAGUUAUUUUCUUUAUUCUUUUUCUGAUUUGGUGUUUCUUUCCUUCUGCUGGCUCUCCAUUUGCAGGAUUCUGCCAGUAUGCUCGUCCUCUUUCUUCUCUCCUUUCUGGUUUGUGCCAAGAGGUGUUUCUGCUGUUGCAGAUCCCUUCCUCAAGAUAAGAGUGGCUAAAUCUGCUUUGAUCUUGACUUGGCAGAGCCACAAGCCCUCUGCCUCAGGUACUUCGCUUGCUGCAGCUUGUGCGAGCAGAGGGAGGUGGGGAGGAAAAGGCACCUGAGGAGAAGGCAGAGGUUCUGUCCCUAUGGGUCAGCCUCACUACAGAUUUUGUCCAUAUAACAGAUGUAGCACAGAGAGACAAACAUCUUUGAAGCAGAAAAUUGCACUGGUGAUCUACUUUCUCACCCAUCUUCAAAAUUCAGUGCUACCCAGAGAGGGGAAUAUGUAAGGACAGAAGCAUGUUAUUCUGUUGAUAUACUUCUUAUAUGUUUAGAAGCAGCUGAACUUAACCUUGGCAAGCAGGUUUUAACUUGUGAUUAUCUUUGUUGAGCUAACAUAGAUGCAAGAAACUGAGUUAGAAUUAUAUUCAAAUGUGGUUUGUAUAAGCCACCAAGGGGUUAUAACAACUUGAACUGAAGGCAUUAUUUCAAAUCUGAAAUGGAUGUGUGAUCUCCAGUGAAUGAAUGAUACACGCUAGUGUCUAGUCAAGCUGCAGAGAGUCAGAGGGGCUUUUUUUACAAAACCCCAAAAAGAGAGAGAUUGUCCAAUAUGCAGCAGCUUUUGCUUUCAGCUGUACAGGGCUCCAGUUUAUUCCCCAAUAUGUCAGCAAAGCUAAUCUAUAUAAAAAGAUGUCCCCAUGAUUCUCAUUAUCAAAGCAGCAUUUGCAGAGAUGGCAGUAAAACAUCACCUUUUCUUUCCUAUUAGCAGAGAACCCUUUCAUUUGUUUUCUAUUUGUUUUUAUACACCUCUGGAAUCAUUUAUUUGUAACCAGAACACGUGGAUAGAAGCUGUACCCUGACCCUUCACUGAACGAGUUCCGUGGAGAUGAGAGUACCAGUGUGCAGGCUGUACAAACGCACUGUUAAAAGGAUUGUCAGCCAAGCAAGAGGGAUUUCAUAUAGAAGAAAAAUAAGCCCCCCUAAAGUUUGUUUUCCUUUAUUCCUGUCAUACCAGCCUCCAACUUGCAGCUACUGCUCUACAUCUAAACCUAUCAUGGUAAUCUACACCUGGAAGGAUAACGAUGGUUCAUCAGGGCUCUGCUGCCGGUUUUCCAUACGAGUCUGCACCGUGGCUAUAUAAACCUGAUCUUUGGGGUUGGCAGUCUUUUUUUCAUGGUUGCUGUCCCUGCAAGGGGCACAUUCCUUCUGACUCUGGCCUGACCUGUAGUUUUCCACUUCAGACUCUGUUGGCUGAAGUAGCUCGGUAUUGACCAGCUCUUCAGAUGAUCUGGUCCAUCGCACAUCUCGUAACGCUUCACAGCAGUCCAGCCCACAUAAACACACACACGGUUUACCAAGCAUUAGGCAGCAAAAUAGAAAUUUGUGGUCCCUUCUGAGCCUCUGAGAUGCUUCUAUUUAUCAACUAGCCUUUCUGAUGGUCAGAGUGUUUUCCAGGCAUCUCUGUGAAUAAACACCCUUUCCUGCAGGUAUCCUGCAAAAUAUCCAUUUCUCUCAUUUUUCUGAGAGUCUGGAAUUACAGCCUUCACUUGCUGUUAAACAACAUUCAGGACAAAACAUUCCUUGGCAAUUCAACUAUUAUAAAAUAUUUUUAAAGGGCCAAGAAGAGCUGGAGACAACUUUGUGUAAUCCCUAUCCAAUAUGCUUGUAGGCAAGGCAGCCAGUGAUGAGCUGGGCUUACAGGCAGCUAGUAGAGCUCCAUCAACAAGACCGAGUUGUCUAAUUUUCUGGGAAUCAAGGUGAAAUUAUUUGUUUAUUGUAAUUUAGGAAAUACAGCUCUCUGAAAAAAUGGGGAAAAUAUUUUCAGGUGUGUGCAUUUGAAGUAUUAUACAAUAGACUACAAUUACUAAUAUAUACAUUAUAAUAAGGAAAACAUACACUUCUGUGCUGACUAGUCUGAGAUAGUUGGCUUAGAUGUUAUUAAACAACAGCUGUAGAAGCUUUGACCAACUUACUGGUGCAUUAAAAUAAUGUUUUCAAGACAUGCUUAAAGGAUUUACAGAGAGCACAUGCCUGUAAAUUACUAGACUGUAAUUAAGAAGCUGAACUAUGGAAUAAAAAUUGUACACCUGUCCUAUUUUAUAUUUGGAUGUAUUAUGUGACAGAAUACAAAGUAAAAGAUUGCUGAAGUACAGUUUAAAAAAAAAAUUAAUUACAAUGAUCUGAAUUAAUAAAUACC